AAGCAAGAAGGCAUCUUCUGCACUGAACUCCUCGUCGAGUUCAUCUAGCUCCAGUGCAGUGAACUCAUCGCACAACGUUAGCGUUGAUGAAGCAGGCUCAGGAGCGGCAGUAAACUCCUCUACCUCUUCAGCCUCGUCAACAUCUUCUGCACUGAACGGAUCGCACGAAAGCUCCUCUAAGAGUGUUCAUAGUGCUGGAAAGAAAGACCCUGCAUUGGAUUCUUCUCAUAAUAGUUCGUCCUCGAGUUCAUCAUCUAGUUCCAGUGCAGUGAACAUUAACUUAUCACACAUUAGCGAAGCAGGGCCGGCGGCAGUAAACUCCUCUACUUCAUCUUCUCAUACUUCUAGUUCGUCGUCCGCGAGCUCAUCUGCGCAGCAAGCGUUUCCGCAGAGUAAAGAACAAGGUGGGGACGCACCAGCGCUAGAUGACAGCAAGAGCUCCUCCCGAGGCCUAGAUGACAGUGGCUCCGCAGUAGCCGGUCCAUCUUCCUUUUCCCCACCUCCGCGAGCGGCAAAUGUGUAUCGCAGACCUUCUCGCUCUCCUCCAGAAGCAGUCCAGGCUGAGAUGGAGGAGAUUGAACGAGCAGGGGAGAAUCUUCAAGCUGUCGGAGGACUAUC